GCGGCGUCGCCGUCGUGUGCAUCCUUCCUCUGUGCUGUGGCUUUGAGAGCCGUUACGUUAUCCAUUUCCCUCUCUCCCGCUCUCAUACCAUUUACCCACCGCUGCUCGAAUUCCAAUUAUUUUUACUACAGAUAACAACACGGAAUACCGGAAUAAGAGCCCGUGGAGGAUGAGCAGAGUCGCAAUCAGCAUUUUCAUCCAGGGUUUUUCUAGGGUUUGAGCUCCGGUGUGGAAUGCUACAAGGAUUCCAUUGCCGGUAAGCGUGAAAGAUGUGGGGUUCGGUUAAUGUACUUAAUGAGCACCUCCAUGGUUUUUUGUGGAAAUGUUUUCUUGUUUAGAGAUGGCAAGUGUGGAAUCGAGUUUGGAGUCUGCGAAGCUCUGCGAGUUUGUGAUUUCGCUUGGAAGCGGAGACGAAUUCGGGUUCAACGAUUGGUACUCUCCGCGAAGAGGGGUCAUGAACGGAAGAGGCCUUGGUGGGAAAGGUUGUUUUUGGAAGAUGAUGAUGAGGUGUCGAGUAGUUGGAAGGAGGAGGAUGUACUUGGACACAACGACGAGGGAGAAGAGGUGUCAGAGGAUGAAAAGUUUGAAGCUUGGAAGAGAAGGGCUGAGGUGAUCACUGAGCUGAGGGAAGCACAGGAAGAUGCAAGAAAUGCUGAGGUGCGAGCUUGGGAGGACUGGAUUGGAGAUGGUUCGGUGGAUGCAGUUGAUUCUUCUUGGGAUGAAGAUUUGGGUGGGGAUGGAUCGGAAGCCAGUGAUGAGGUCUCCAGUGAUCCUUUUGAGAUAAUUCGUGAGAAGGGUUUUGCUGGUGCUAUGCGGAAUUUGAUUACUGGGAAGGAUGAUUAUGAGCUUUUGUUUGAAGACAGAGUUUUUCAAUUUGCGUCAACAAGCUCGGCAAAAUUCAUUGCUUUGUUGGUUCUCAUUCCUUGGUUUGUGAGUUUUUUGGUUCAUGACUAUGUUCUCAUGCCAUUUUUGGACAGGUAUGUGAAGACUGUGCCUCUUGCUGCUGAAAUGCUUGAUGUCAGAAGACAACAAAAAUUAGAGAUGGUUAAGACUUUGAGAAUCGAAAGAGCAAGGUACCGUUUGGAAGUGGAGAUUGGUAAAUCACCUCCUCUUUCUGAUGAAGAUCUUUGGAUGGAGUUACGGCAAAAAGCGUAUGUCGCAUUCCCAACCAAUUCCAUAAAGAGGAUAGAAUUAAGAGAUGAAUACAGACUAGAAAAUCGGAGAGCUUUUGGAAAUAUCUGGUCGGAUAUGAUUUAUGGAGUAACUUUAUUCAUUCUAAUUUACGCAAAUAAAAGCAAAGUUGCUUUGCUGAAGUUUACAGGGUAUAAGCUGCUAAAUAAUAUAUCAGACUCAGGGAAGGCAUUUCUUAUUAUACUUGUUACUGACAUUUUUUUGGGGUACCAUUCAGAGUCUGGUUGGCAGGCUUUGAUAGAAAUAAUUCUUGAUCAUUACGGUUUAGAAGUUGAUCAAGCCGCUAUAACCAUUUUCAUCUCCACCUUCCCUGUAUUCAUUGAUGCUUCUGUCAAGUUAUGGCUGUUCAAGUUCCUGCCAAAAUUAUCUCCAAAUGUUGCGAACAUCUUUGAGGAAAUGAAGCGUCAUUAGAGAACCAUUUCUCUGGGAGUCUGCAUUCAUGUUCUAUGUAGUAAUAACAAGAUAAAAGGGAAUUCUGAUUAAAUUUAAGUCAAUUUGAGCUUCAUAUUCAUCAUAUUUAUUUAUUUGUAUUUUGAAGUGAGUGUAAUAUAAAUUUUAAUUGAUUAAAUAUAUAUUGCAUUUAUUUCAAAAUAAAUUUAAUGAGUAUAAAAUUUAUAGGAACAAAUUUUGGUAAUAAUAUCAAGAUCCCAUUUAUUUUCUGUA